AUGCCGUGGUCUACGUGCGCAGCGCUGGCUGUCAUUCUAGCUUUUACGACAGAGGUCGUUUGCAACAAAGGCCAGCCAGUGUCCCUGACUAUCCAGGUGACGCCUGAGGUUGUUUGCAACAAAGGCCUGCCGGUGUCACUGACGAUCCAGGUGACCCCCGGUGAGACGGUGACCUUGCCCGCCACGUACAACCAGCACGAACACGUCAUCGCCCUGACGUGGAACAAGAUGGACGAGCGGAUCGAGGGAACCCGGACUCCCGUGUUCCUGUACUCUGUUUCCAGUAGGAACUCUUUGUCGCUGGGCCCGCUUAAAGACAGGGCUUUGCUCAACAAGAACGGAUCGCUGACCAUCAUGAACGUGACGGUUAAGGACGAGGGUCAGUACGUCAUGACUGUUCUUGUGGACGCGGUCGGGCAGCAGGAGCAUUACGUCUAUCUGGACGUACUAGCGCCACCCAUGGUAACAGUAGGCCUCCAGAGUCCCCUCCGCGUGUCCCUCCACUCCAGCGUCAUCCUCAACUGUACCGUGGAGAAGACCAGCUCCACGGAUCCCAGCAUCUUCUGGCUGCGGGACGGACAGUCUCUUCCCCCGGCCGCUGUCCAGCUCGUCAUCGACGCCCAGGACGUGUACAGGUCAUCCCUGACGAUGACUAGUGUUGGGAAGGCUGACAGUGGGAACUACACGUGUGUCGCUCAACAGGGCCGCAGCUCACAGACUGACAGUCUCAGCUUGGUGGUCGUUUAUCCGGCAGCAAUAGUGAACGUGACAGGCCCUGUCAAAGUGAAAGCAGGAGGAACUGCCUUACUCUGGUGCACUGCAGAUGGAAACCCUACACCGGAAGUUUACUGGCAGAAAGACGGAAGUGACGACAUUCUGUCAGCCGCGAUGUACCACGGGACUGCUGGAUCUCUACUGGUUCUGCCUGAUCUGAACGUGAAAGACAGUGACCAUUACGUCUGCACAGCGUCAAACACUCUUGGGAAGCCGGACAGAAAGAUUGUGCCUGUGAUCGUCAUUGAGGAUAGUUCCCCAGCUACAACCGCAGCUCAGAUGGGACAAGGUGACGAGACAGAGUGGACCGCCAUCUUGGGAGGGGCGGCCGGCGGGGCGACCAUCCUGCUCAUUAUCCUGCUGGUGGCGCUGGUCUUUACAAAGAGGGCGAAGAUCGACGCGGGGAGAUCGGACGACCACGUCUUUUCUGUCAGCGAUCCGGUGCCGAAACGCCUGGAGAACAACUUUAUUGAAAAGGAGAAGCUUGGCCUGCCAAAGGACGGUGAACAGAUACUGUAUGUCCAGGAGAGUAGCGGCAAGGCCGUCAUUGCUCGGACUGGAAUACACCACGCCGAGAGAAGAAGAAGUCAGAAUAAGAUGUGUGACAUUCCGGAUGGCAGCGAGGAUUUGAUUCAAGUUCUUCCCUGCUGCGAAUCGUUAACCGACCACAGUAUUACUUGAAGUACCAACUCUAUUAACACAUCGCGGACGGCUGCCGAUCGUGUGGAUGGCAACCAGUAUAUCAAGUUUGGGGCCUUGCACAGUAAUUGAGCUGGAUCAACUAAUGCAAAAGGUUGCGUCUGCUCACAA